AUGGCCGACGCGGAUCUUGCAACCAGAGCUCCCGAGAGCGAUGCCGCCGCUCCGACCAGCGCGACGGAGCCGGUGGUCCCCGAUGACACCCCUGCGCCAACGGGCCCGGCGAUGGGCGAGCACUGCGUCUCGGACAGGCCAACUCCCGCGGGCCAGUCCGGAUCGGGCGAGACCAGGAAGCUGGGCGGGGUCGACGUGUACGUCUCGAAGCCAGCCGACUACCCGCACGCGCCGGCGAAGCUGCUGCUGCUCCUGACCGGCGGCACGGGCUUCAAGUCGGCCAAUAACCAGAUCCAGGCCGACAGGUUCGCGAGCGAGGGCUUCGUGGUGGUGAUGCCCGACCUGUUCGAGGGCGACGCCUUCCCCAACUCGGCGGCGGCGCCCGAGGACGGGCUGACGCUGCUGGACCAGAUCAAGCUCAAGGCGGUCGAGACGGCCAAGAGCUUCAUGAUCGAUAUGUGGAUCGCGCGCCACACAGAGGAGAAAGUGAUGCCGACCCUGCGCAAGGUGCUGGACGCGGCAAAGGGCGAGUUCGCCGACGCCAUCUCCAACGGCGGCGGCAUCUACGCCGCCGGGUACUGCUUCGGCGGGCGCUACGUCAUCCUGCUCGCGGCCGAGCGCCAGCUGCAGGGGCCGGCGGACGAGGAGUCGGGCCCCAAGACGGACGGCCCCCACAUCAAGGUCGGCGCGCUCGCACACCCGUCCAUGGUGGCCACGGACGACUUUGCCGGCGUCAAGGCGCCGCUGAGCCUGGUCUGCGUCGAGAGCGACCCGCUGUUCCCCGACGACAUGCGGACGGCGCUCGAGGACUCGUUUUCCAAGAACAACGUCGAGCACGAGGUCCAGGUGUACCCUGGCGUGCCCCACGGUUUCGCCGUCGUUGGCGAGUAUGACAACGCCGGCAUCAAGACAGCGCAGGAGACGGCGUAUGAGCAGAUGCUGAAAUGGUUCAAGCAGCACUAG